AUGCACAUCCUAGUGGUCAACGACGACGGGCCACCGAGCUCGCAGUCGUCACCCUACGUGCACACCUUGGUCCGCGCCCUCCAAGGCGCCGGCCACACCGUCUCGGUCUGCCUGCCGCACACGCAGCGCUCGUGGAUAGGCAAGGCCCACCUGAUCGGCCAGACCGUGAGACCGACUUACUACCGCCCCCCGCCGCUGCCAGCCAACCCAGCAGGGCUCAUCUUCGACAAGGACGUUCCCGAGAGCGAGGGCAGCACACACAAGCGGCCCACCACCACAGCAGAUGAGGAGUGGGUGCUUGUCGACGGCACGCCGGCCUCGUGCGUCCAGAUCGGCCUCCAUCAUAUGUUUACCGACCGCGGCAAGGUCGACCUCGUGCUCAGCGGGCCAAACUACGGCCGCAACACGACGGCGCUCUUUGCGCUGAGCUCCGGCACGCUAGGAGGCGCACUCGAGGGUGCAGCCUGCAAGGUGCCGUCCAUCGCGCUGUCGUACGCCUUCUUCACGCGGAACCACGACCCGGAGAUCGUGGCGGGGGCGUCGAGGCACGCCGUCCGCGUCGUCGAGGCCCUGGUCAAACAGUGGCCGCAGGACGGGAGCGUCGACCUCUACAGCGUCAACAUCCCGCUCGUCGAGGGUGUCGAGAAGGCCCGCACGCUCUGGACUCCCAUGCUGCAGAAUUACUGGGCCGACGGCGGUUGCUUCACGGCCGUAGAGGGCGCCGGGGACGAGGACGAGGACGAGACCGAGGAGAGGAUCAGGCAAGGGGCUGGUGGUGAAGCUGCCCUCUCGAGUGGUGCGCAGAAUGGUAAGGCGGCCGCGGACGGUGGCGAGGGGACUGCUCACACCAGGACGCACAAGCAUUUCAAGUGGCAACCCAGAUUCACGGACGUCUACAAGAGCGUGGAAGAUGCACCGCCAGGUAACGAUGGAUGGGCAGUCAAGGAGGGCUAUACAAGUGUAACACCUCUAAAGGCCAACUUUUGGCAAGCCGCGACACAUCUACACGGGCAAGAUCUUAAGCUGCCAGUAUUGGAAUCUCACGAGGGCACUGACACUCUUCCCAUCCGUUCGGCCGCCGGGAUUGGUGCGGCAGCAACUGAACAAUCUAUCAAUAAAACGUCUCCAGCCGGAGACAAGGGGGCGUAUGAUUCGCAGGACACUGGAAAGCUGCAUGCUCUGAUCGCCUAUGAUGACCCCUACGUACAACCACUGAUACGUGAUGCAUUGGGAUCAUUAUUACCUAGUGACAAGUACUGCUUGGUAGAUGCACCGGAGCAGCAACCCGAAGACAAAGACAACCCAGUUUCACUGGCAAGCCUCAUACCCGGAGAUGGAACAAAAGCGCUGCAGAUCGCCUCUUACGAGGCCAUAGACUUUGACUACGCAGCGGAGCAUCAAAAUUCUAUCGUAAUCAAUAGCUACAAGUUCCGGAAGGCCCUGAUACGCAAGCACUUUCUCGCCACGACGGUCGAAAACUGGGUCAUCAAGCACCCGAACUCGAUACUGGCCCGGCAUGUCAAGCCUAGCACAUCAUUCGAGGUCGACUACGCCGAGUUCCUAGAUGACGCGCUCGUCGAGGCCUGGGAUCUGCGGGCGAGCCUGGAAAACGACGAGAAGAGGGAGUGGUGGAUCCUGAAGCCCAGCAUGAGCGACCGCGGCCAGGGGAUCCGGCUGUUCAGCACAAUGGAGGAGCUACAAGGCAUCUUUGACGAGUGGGACGUUGACACUGACGACGAGGAUGAGGAGGCAGACGGCAUCAUGGCGGCGCACCUACGACACUUUGUGGCGCAGCCAUACAUCGACCCGCCGCUGCUGCUGCCGGGCGACCGUCGCAAGUUCCACAUACGUACCUACGUCUUGUGCGUUGGCGCCAUGAAAGUCUACGUUUACCGUGAGAUGCUCGCCCUGUUUGCGGGCCGGGAAUACCGCGCACCGUCUUCUGACGAGGGAGAUCUGGACGCUCACCUCACCAACACUUGCCUGCAGAACGAGACAACUGCCGCUUCUGCUACCGCUACCGCUGCCGAUAUUGCUACUAGUGACGCCAAGGAUGGCGAAGCACCUCCUCCCCCGCUCGUGCGAAAGUUCUGGGACCUGCCAGAGGUGCUGGUCGAGGGCAGGUCGGACGUGAGCAAGGGGUCGAUAUUCACGCAGAUCUGCGAGGCGACCGGGGCCGUCUUUGAGGCCGCGGCCAGGGGCAUGCCGAUGCACUUUUCACCGCUCGCCAACGCGUUCGAGGUGUUUGGAGUCGACUUCCUCGUCGACGCCCAGGGGGUAGCCUGGCUGCUCGAGGUGAACUCGUUUCCGGACUUUAAGCAGACCGGGGACGAGCUCCGAGAUGAUGUGGUGGCGGAACUGUGGAGGCAGGUGCUGCGCCUCGCCGUCGUCGAGGGUGGGCCGUUGAGGUUGGGAGGAGGAAAGGGGGAUCGUGAUGAUGAAGGGCAUGGCGAUGCUACUGGGGCUACUACUAAGACACUCUCGGCGGCGGCGGCGGCUGGUGACGGCAAGAUGGUUCUCGUGAAGGAUGUAGAUCUUGGCAAGGAGGGCCUCUUGGGCUUUCUCGGGUGA